AUGGAUUACUUUAAUGUAAAUAAUAACAAUGUUGACAGUAGCAAUAAAACCAAUAGCAACAUUAAUCAAAGCAAUAAAUUUAAUAUAAAAUUAGUUAGUAAAUAUAAAAAAAGAUUAGAUUAUUUAUUCAAUGUAUUAUUAGUUGGCGAAAUUUUUAAAUCUACAAAUAAACAUUUAUUGGUUGGAACAGCUGAUGGCAAAAUCAAAGUAUAUUUAAAUAACGAAGAGAUUGAAGUAUUGGAGACUAAAGGUUCAUCUAUCCAGGAUUUAGAGCUAUUGGAUACAACUAAAUUUGGUUCAAUUGAUGUUAUUUCUGGUGACUCUAAUGGAAACAUGGUUAUAUUUUCAAACCAUCAAAUACUUUAUAGAGAUACAAUUAAUGGUUCUAUCACAUCAAUUAUAAAUCAUCAAUUAGCGAAUGGUGAUUUUAAUUUAGUUGUAGGUGAUAGUUUAGGUUUAUUAACAGCAAUUAAACCACAUCAAAAUGCAUUGUGGAGAUUUAAAAUACCAACAAUCAAUCAAACAUUAAAUACAUUGGAAGAUACUGAUAUAAAAAGAAUAAAUUCACAUAUAAAUAUAGAAUCAAUAAUAGGUAAAGAUCAAGACAAUAUAAAUAGCAUAACUGACGACAAUAGCAAUUUAAAACUACAGCAACCAUCAUUACACAUUAGACAAAUUAAAUCAGUACAGGGAUACGAUAUUUAUAAUAAUAAGUUUCAUUAUGUUAUCAUAUGCGAAAAUGCACCAUUCAUACAUAUUGUGGACCAUGGCAAAAGGUUAUGCUCUAUACCUACACCAUCACCCGUAAACUGUAUGUCGGUUGGAUAUUUUACAAAUUCUAUAACUAGUAAUGAUAAACUUUCACCAAGAGAAAAUAAAAACAGUGCCAAUACAACACCAACUCAAAUUGCAUUAGGCUGCGAAAAUGGAUAUAUCUAUAUUUUAACCCAAGACUUUAAAAUUGAACCCUAUUAUCAAGUUGGAUACCCAGUAACAUUAUUAAAUAAAAUCAAAUAUUCCGAAAUUAACAAUAAAACAAUAAAUAAUAAUAAUAACAACAAUAAUAAUAGUAAUAAUAAUGAUAAUUAUAUCGAUGAUAUUGAUAUAUUAAUAUGUACAGGAUAUUUUCACUCUAUAAAAAUGUAUUAUAAUAAGAAUCUAAUUUGCGAUCAUUCAUUAGAUGAUUGGGUUUACACCUUAUCAAUUGGAGAAGUAGAAAAUAAUGGUGAUAAAACAAUUGUUGUUGGUAAAUUAGAUAACUCAAUUGAAUAUUUAAAACCAAUCAUUAUAAUUAAUAAAUAA